AUGUACAGCAAAGGCAUCAUCUCCGCCUUUGCGGCAUCACUAGCUCUCAGCAGCCCAUACGCUAAAUAUGGCCGCCUGAACCCAACGUACACGAAGGAGCAGCUCAACGAGAUCAAACUUACAUACACCGAAGUCGACAAGCUCAAGUAUAUCCGCAGUCUGGGUGACAGCAACAACUACUUCAAUUCGACUUCACCCUCGAGGGCUUCGUUAGCAACCCGAAAUCGUCCUCCUCGUCGCCGGCAAAUCCCUGCACACUGGCUUCGUCCAGAAGACGGCUUCGACAAGCCCGUUAUCACCACCAUCGGUCUCUACCAAGGCACCAUCCGCCCUCAAGGCUCCAUCCACUACGAGUUCAAUGACAACUGCGAGCCUGCUGUGUUCGUGGCGGGCUUGAGCAGUGAAGACCCUGGCGUAAGCCGCACGAGCCAAAACUUGUUUGUGGAGGACCCCGAGCUGGUUAAGGCGAGCUUGGGAUAUCCAAAAUCCUUGAACAAUGUUAAUGUUACGGAGUUUUAUGGGAGUAUUCCGGCGGCGUUUGCGCAGGGGGGCUAAGGCGUAUCAUGAGAGGUGUAGGUUGAAGUGGAAUGGUACCACGCACCCUUAAAAAGUGAGUUCAUGAGAGAGGAAGAUGGGAUGUUGUCAUG